UAAUUUAAGAAUGCAGUAUAUAAAAGAAAAAACAAAAAAUAAUGAUAAUGAAAGUUUAAGUAUUAAUAAUAACAAUGAAGCCAAGUAUAAUAAUAAUAGUGAAACUGAGAAUAAUAAUAAUAAUGAUGCUGAGAAUAAUAAUAAUAAUGAAGCUGAGAAUGAUAAAGAUAAUAAUUUAUUUAGUUUUGAUUUAAAUUGUGAUAUGAUUUUUUAA